CGCAAAGUUCGACGUCAGGAUCUAUUAUUACAUAAUGAUCAGACCGUUGCCACAAAUAAUUUCGCUUAAUUAUGAUCUGGGACCCGUUGACCAGGAUUAUUCCUUUCCUAUCCACUCAAUGCCAUCCAGCCCCUGGGUGCUGCGUUGCCAAGUCUCGGCCUUUGUCGGACUCCAUUGUUGUCGUCGGUAACGAGUUUUAUUCACUUCAUCCCUUUUCCCGACAAUUCCGUUCAAACUUGUCCACACUCACGCAUUUCAUUUUACAUCAUGGACGCGGCUCUGGAAAUUCUGGAUCCCAUCGUUCUCGACAAGGCCUACGCGUAUUUUGUGCCUUCAGGUGGCAAUGAAGCCGUGUCACUAUGGCCGCGCGACAAUAUUCUGCGACAAUGCAUCUCGAUUCUUGUCGUGACCCAGAUCGGGGCAACGAUGCUGUACCUCGUCUUCAGCGCUCUCUCAUAUUACUUUGUUUAUGAUAGGCGGCUGGAAUAUCAUCCACGCUUCCUUAAGAACCAGGUUCGACAGGAGAUCGUGUCCUCACUAAGCGCCAUCCCCUUCAUCAAUCUGCUGACCUUCCCCAUUUUCCUGGCUGAGGUGCGUGGAAAGAGCUUGUUGUACUCGCGCAUUGACGACUAUGGCUGGUCCUGGUUAGUCACCUCAGCUGUCAUAUUCAUGAUUUCCAAUGACGUUAUGAUAUACUGGAUUCAUCGAUUGGAACAUCACCCGAGUGUUUACAAGUACAUCCACAAGCCACAUCACAAGUGGAUUGUUCCCACGCCGUUCGCUGCCCUGGCCUUUCACCCUCUUGACGGAUUUGUCCAGUCAUUGCCCUAUCACGUCUUCAUAUUUAUCUGCCCCGUCAACAAAUACCUAUAUCUUAUGCUCUUCGGCUUGGUCCAGAUCUGGACCAUCUUCAUACACGACGGCGACAUGAUUUCGGGCCACUGGCUGGAGAAGUUUAUCAACAGCCCGGCACACCACACGCUGCACCACAUGUACUUCACCGUCAACUAUGGCCAGUAUUUCACUUGGGCCGACGCCUACUGGGGCUCGCACAGAGCACCCCGGCCUGAUUUGGACCCGCUGCACGAGGCUUUGCGUGUCAUGAAGGAAAAGGGACUCGUGGACGACCAAGGCAAUUGCGUUUCGCAGAAGAAGCACGAGUAAUGGCGCAAGGCUUGAUCCAGGGCGCUGAAAUUAUGCGUAGCAAACGAUAAUGUAGGAGCGAGAAACGUGAAGCACACAAAAUAACGCAUAAUAUAAUGUUUAAUCACUACGAUUGUGGGAACAAAGAAUUCGUUCAAAGUAUUUAAUAAUGCUCUAUAAGAAUGGCAUUGGAUUGUGGGCAAAUGGCCAUAAGGGCCUUAUAUAGAA